AUGGGCCUCCUCCAUCCCUGCUUUCUUGCCACUAUCCUUACCCCUUUGCCAGGUAUCUUUCUCAAAUUUGGCGCCGUCCUGCGCGCUCGCUCGAAGUUCGCAAACGAGGCCAACGCGCAAUUGGCUAAGCUGCAGCAGACACGUCGGGAGGUCCAGGAAAGGUUUGAAAACAAACAAGUCACAGGGAUGGACGCCAAGAAUCCCUCAUUUCUUACCUCUCAAGAGUCAGUGACCAGUGAUGACAAAGACAAGAACUUGAACCAUGGCUUAUAA